CGGUUUUGAUUGGGGGGGGCGGUUGAUGACUGUGUGACGACAGGGGUUGUCGUAUUGGGCGAGGGGGGAGGUGGAGCGACCAUGGUGGAGGUAGUGGUGGAUGAGGGUUGGGGUGUACAUGUGGACGGUGUUGGUGUGGAGGUUGAAGCGGAGGCUUGUCCGGAGGAGGGAGUGGGUUGGGGUGUGGAGGAGGGGGUGUGGUCGUGGUGACAACCAUGAUCACGGGGGAGUUUUCCUCGAGCGUGGUGACACGAUCGAAGAUGGCCGCCAUGGUGGUGUUGAUGUUGGCGAGGGAGGAUUUGAGGGCGGUCAAUGUUUGGAGGAUAGUUGCGAAUUCCAGGGUGGUGGUGGUCGAAGUUUGCUGAUCGCCUUGACGGAGUCGGAACGAAAAUCAGACAUGUUGAUGAAAGAUUGGGCCAUGGUGGGGGAAGAGGGGGUGGAUGACGUGGCCGAAGCGGGAGUGGAGGUGGUAGCAGCGGAUGUGAUAGCGGCAGCGGCAGCGGCAGCAGCAGCGGCGGCGGCGAUGACGCGUUGGGAAGUCUUGGUUUGGCGUGGUGGCAUGUGGAGAUGGCGGGGACAAUUCCUAUUUACAAGAAUAGAGCGUCGUUAAGUAAUUUAGCAAUGAAGGUAGCAGAGAAUC